AUGGAGCUGAACUCCCUGCUGAUCCUGCUGGAGGCGGCCGAGUACCUGGAGCGCAGGGACCGAGAAGCCGAGCACGGCUACGCGUCGGUGCUGCCCUUCGACGGCGACUUCGCCAGGAAGAAAACAAAGGCGGCCGGCCUGGUGCGCAAGGCCCCGAACAACAGGUCCUCACACAAUGAACUAGAAAAGCACAGACGAGCCAAACUCCGGCUCUACCUGGAGCAGCUCAAGCAGCUAGUGCCCCUGGGCCCGGACAGCACCCGCCACACCACACUGAGCCUCCUGAAGCGUGCCAAGAUGCACAUCAAGAAACUGGAGGAGCAGGACCGGCGGGCGCUGAGCAUCAAGGAACAGCUGCAGCGGGAGCAUCGCUUCCUGAAGCGGCGCCUGGAGCAGUUGUCGGCACAGAGCCUGGAGCGUGUGCGCACUGACAGCACGGGCUCCGCAGUCUCCACCGAUGACUCGGAGCAAGAAGUGGACGUCGAGGGCAUGGAGUUUGGCCCCGGCGAGCUGGACAGUGUGGGCAGUAGCAGUGACGUGGACGACCACUACAGCCUGCGGGGCAGCGGCUGCAGCCACGGCAGCUUCGGGCCCACGUGCAGGCGGCCUGGCCGUCCCGGCCUCUCGUAG